AACAAUUUCCGAAGUUUAAGCGAAGUCAAUUGAUGUUUGAAAAUAAUCAGUGAAUGAAUUCUAAAGAGUGUCAGCCACAUGCAGUUUUAUUGCAUUGAGAAAUGCUGUAUGUGAAAGUGGAUUUUAUUUAAUAGGCAUAUAAACGUACUAAACUAUAUAAAGAAGCACAGUUAGAAAAAUAAUAAAUGAUUAAUUGCAAUGCGCUCUGAAACCGAGUCGUCCACGAGAAACAUUCACGCGAAUAGUUUUGACAAUACGAUGUAUAUGGAGCAGAAAAUGCAUAGCCUAAAUACCUCGCCGACGGUCGCCACUGAUCCACCGUCGGGGAAUUACGUGAGGAACGACGUUAACGACGAGGGAGUGAACUUGACGUCGGCUAAAAGGCAGAAGCUUCAUAACGACACAAUAAGAGCGAUCAACGGCGAAUAUAACAAGGAAAACUUUCAAAGACAACCAAUAAAUUUCAAUAUAUCAAAUGGAUUUGUUUUUGGAAAGACAGACGCCGACGUAGUGUCUCGAUCUUCCGACCAGAUUGAGCGGUUUCCCGCACGAUCUUCUACCCCUGUAAGGCAGUAUGAAAACGAUGACCUUUUGGUCGACCCCGUCGGCGACGGUCAGGGGUCGCUCGGGUCGCCGGCGCAGUCUCCUAUCACGUCGCCGGCAUCUCACGACGACGACGACGAAGAUAUAGACAUUUCCGGCGAGUGCAAUGAUUUUCACGACAGUUCCAUGGAGGAACUUUCCCCGAGUGAGGCGCAGAUGCUAGUUGCAAACAUUCAGGGGACGAGUAGUAAAAAGGGUGGAAAAACGAACCUUGUGAAGCCGCCAUACUCGUAUAUCGCACUUAUAACUAUGGCAAUUUUGCAAUCGGAACAGAAGAAAUUGACUUUGUCUGGAAUUUGUGAAUUUAUCAUGAACCGUUUUCCGUACUAUCACGAAAAGUUCCCAGCAUGGCAGAACAGCAUUCGUCACAAUUUGUCACUGAACGACUGUUUCAUCAAGAUCCCACGGGAGCCGGGCAACCCCGGAAAGGGCAACUACUGGACGCUGGAUCCCGCCUCCGAAGACAUGUUCGACAAUGGAAGCUUCUUACGGCGACGUAAGCGUUACAAGCGGAACCACGUUUCUGACAUGAUGCCGCAAUCGCCCUUAUACAUGGGCGGAUCUCAGUCCUAUUUUCACAAUCACGGAUUCUUGCCACAAAACGCACAUUCCGCCGGCGUUGGUGUCCCCGGUCUACCAUAUCCCUACAGCUUCAUGUCGUCCGCACUGCCGGGCCACAUGCCGUUCGCAACCCACAGCGAGCUGGCUCGAGCACAGAGCGAGAUGAGCCGCGCCGCCCACAUGGCCGCCAGUCAUCCCGCAUAUAUGUCACCCCCGCUGAGCCAUUCCCAUCCUACGUCGCCGGUGCACACGCUUACCCCAUCACCAGUCGGUAAGUCGCCCGUGGAAUCCCCGACGUCAUUGCCCGCUACGUCAUCAUCAUCUACGCCAAAGACAUUUUCUAUUGACAGUAUAAUCGGAACAAAACGUGAAAACACAGAUAAAAAACCAGCGGAAUCUAGUCCACCACCAAAACCGAUGUCUCAAGUGACGGCAUCGUCGACGGUCACGUCGAUGCUACCGUUUAAGGCCAGUGCCAUUCCCUCCCAGGCAGUGCUAAGCGGUUUGAAUCCAUUAGCGGCCGCCUCCCUUCGUCUAGGGGCAAUGGACAUGAGCCGCUACGGCGGAAGUGCGUAUUUCGCUCCCUAUAUUAACCAGGCGGCCGCCGCCGCCGCCAUGAACGCCCUAGACAUGGAGAAAUACAGACAGUACCUGCAGGUCUACGGGUUUCAUGGAGUCCAGCCUUGGCAGAGGUGAGGGUCGCGUCUUAAUGUGAUCGAACAGACUGUACUACUUACACGCAAUUUUAGAAGCAUCAGAUAGACCCUUUUUAAAUAAUAAUUACUGAUGUUACGAAAAAUAUUAAUUACUUAAAAGUAAUGUAUUUAUCGCAGUUGAAUUAUGUAUUUAAUCACAAACUUUUAAAAGUGAUAAAGUUUUAACAUUAUCAACAAUAUUUUUUUAUUAACAAAUAAUAUAAAUGUUAUUCCGUGAAAUUUUAUUCCGAACAAUUUGAACUGGCAGAAGAAGCACUUUAUCCAGUAAAAGUAACUGAAACUUGUUAUUGAUAAGUAAACUUUAUUUUUUUUAAUAUUUAAUAUUUUUUUUUAUAAAAACUUCUGCAAGUCAAAUUGUUAUGUGAAUCAAAUUGAUUCUUCUCAUUCGCGUUUGUGUGAACUAACGGCGUUCUUUCUACCUCGUAUUCGCAUUGUACAUAAACGUACGUAACGGAUUAUUUACUUUUAUCACGUAUUUACAACUUGCGUUCUCUUUCUUUGUACUCAAUUCAAUUUUUUUUAAUCGAUUCUAAAUUAAAAACGGAUUUAUUGACAAGUUAAAAUACAAUGUGCUUACUGUCUCAAUGCGUUUAUGUAAAAACAUGUUUGUUGUUUUAGUUAUAUGUGCUAUUUUUACAUUUUGUUGAAUGUAUAUUCUUUUGAUGGAUAUUAUAAUCCAUUUUUAUUUAAUAAUAAACUUGA